UUGCAACGCGUUUUCACAGAUCGCAUGUCCCUACUGGCGCACGGUUGCAGGCAGUGUGCUGUGAAUCUAAUCGGGAAAAAAACAGGCAGAAUAAAUAAUAAAUUCAUAAAUGAUUGUGAUAAAGCAGCGUUUUAGCGCUUUCUUGGACCUGGUGUGUGUGUAUGAGCACAGAUAUGAUCCUCCUGUGUGUGUCGGAUGUCAGUAGCAUCAGCUGUAAUGGCUAGAAUAAACAAGACAUUAGUGUUGACUCUCCUCAUCGCUGCCAGCUCCAUAUUUCUGCUCUUCCAGAUCUACAACUACAGACUGUACUCGACAAAGAACGGGCUUGACGUGUUUAAUAGUAAAAGAUAUCUGUCGGGGAAAGAGGCACAUUUGCAUUUGCUGAAGAAGUUCCUGGGUCUGGUCCACAAGUUUAAAUUGCCUGUGUUUCUGGUCGACACCGCCUCUCUGACCCUCCUGUCCCAGGAUGCCGUUCUGUACCGGGACAGUCGUGUGAACGAGCCUCACUGCAGCUUCUUCUGCACACACAGAGACUUCACCACCUUCGCCCUGUACGGAAACCUCUGGAAAUAUGAUGCCGCGCUGUUGGAGGCGUCAGCUGAGCGAGGUCUGGAGCUGAUGGAGAUUCGUGGGAAAGAUCCCAGACUGAUCAGCAUGGACGAUCUGACGGCCAAGGAAAUCCCACUGCACUUCUUGUUCCGCUUCAACAGUCGUGUGGUCCAUGUGGUGGUUCUGUACGAGCGCAGUGGGAAGUACCUGUGGCACGGCCCUCUCCGGCUGGGAGACGGCAUGGACCGGACCUUCGCCGCAUUCGGGAAACUGGACUUUGGCCGUCAUGCCGGGGCUUAUGACAGGCCCGAGCUCAUUCUCACCACUCUUGAUGGUCUUGACGUAAGAAUCCCCAAAAACUUCUCCGGUUUCCUCCGAGAGUUUCCCAGCGGUCGCUUUCUGGAGUGUCGCAGUAGAGAAGCCAAGGCCUUCUUCCAGCUGUACCCAGAAGACACCUCUGCAGAGGCUGUGGACUUCAAGAUGAGGGCUAAAAGUCUGCUUCAUCUGGCCUCAAGAGUCCUCUCUGUGCUCGGAGUCCCCUUCUGGCUCAGCAGUGGAACCUGUCUCGGUUGGUACAGGCAGUGUAAUAUCAUUCCCUACAGUAAAGAUGUUGAUCUGGGCAUUUGGAUCAAAGAUUAUAGGGAUGACAUCACUCAGGCGUUUCAGAAGGCUGGUCUCCCACUGAAACACAAGUUCGGAAAGGUGGAGGACAGUUUGGAGCUGUCCUUUCAGGGGAACGAUGUGAAACUGGACAUUUUCUUCUUUUAUGAUGAAGGUGACAUUGUCUGGAAUGGAGGCACGCAGGCAAAGAGUGGCAAAAAAUUCAAAUACGUGUUCCCACGAUUCAGUCUGUGUUGGACCGAGCUGAUGGAGCUGAAGGUCCAGGUUCCCUGCGAGACUAGGGACUAUGUGAUGGCCAACUAUGGUCCCAACUGGAAUGUUCCUGUAAAAACCUGGGACUGGAAGAGCUCCCCGUCCAACGUACAGGAGAAUGGAGUCUGGCCUGUGCGGGAAUGGGAUGAUGUCAUUCAGGUUUACUGAAGCAUCAUGGGAGUUAUACUCCCGUUGAUAUGGGUGACGUCGCAGUUACAGUGACACAAACCGCUCUAAGCUACUACAAACAUGAAAGCAAGUUUUAGAGUUCCCUGAAAGUCUGUGGACC